AUGUUGAAUUUAUCCCAGAACCACAGGGACCAUUCGCUGGAGCCGGAGUCCGGACAGCUUCUCGAGGACAGACCAACUCCAUCCAAUCCAGAAUACUAUUCAAAGCUGGUAACCUGGUCAUCCCCCUCCGACCCAACAAACCCCCUAAACUGGACCCUAAAACGAAAAUGGUCUGCCACGGUGCUGGUCUCCUGCUUCACCUUCAUCUCCCCAGUCUCGUCUACAAUGGUCGCGCCCGCCCUGGACCAGAUAGCGAGCGACUUCACCAUCACCUCCAGCAUCGAGCGGUACCUCGUCAUGUCGAUCUUCCUGCUCGCGUACGCGCUGGGCCCCUUUAUCCUGGCCCCGCUGUCGGAGAUGUACGGGCGCGUGGUGAUUCUGCAGUCCGCGAAUAUGGUGUAUCUGGUGUUUAAUACGGUCUGUGGGUUUGCGACUUCGAAACAGCAGAUGCUUGCGUUUCGGUUUUUGAGUGGCCUUGGGGGGAGUGCGCCGCAGGCUAUUGGGGGAGGCGUCUUGAGUGACUGCUGGAGGAAGAACGAGCGAGGGUCUGCGACGGCUGUUUACAGUGUGAUGCCAUUCAUAGGGCCUGCGGUUGGACCGAUAGCCGGCGGAUACCUCACCCAGUACAUGUCGUGGCGCUGGAUAUUCUGGAUCGUGUCAAUGGCCGACGCCGUAGUCCAGAUUCUAUCCUUCCUGUUCCUGCGCGAGACAUACGCCCCUAAAAUCCUGGCAGCCAAGAAGAAGAAGCUGCAAAAGGAGACCGGUAACCAGAUGCUGUAUACCGAGUACGACGAGCCAGACCGCACAUUUCCCCAGCUUCUUCGGAAGAACCUUAUCAGGCCUUUUCGGAUGCUGUUUACCCAGCCUGCGAUUCAGGCUAUUGCGCUAUACCGCGGGUAUCAGUAUGGACUGAUGUAUCUUGUUCUGGCUUCAUUUCCUACGGUGUGGGAGGGGACGUAUAACGAGAGUAAAGGGACGGCGAGUCUGAAUUAUCUCUCUCUAGGUGUUGGAUUUGUUAUUGGACUACAGUUCUGCGGUCGUCUUAUUGAUAUUGUAUAUCAACGCCUCGCUAAGCACUACAACAACAACGGCAUCCCCGAAUACCGCAUCCCCCUCAUGAUCCCCGGCGGUCUCAUCGUCCCCAUCGGCCUCUUCAUCUACGGCUGGACAGCAGAAUACCAAACGCACUGGAUAGCGCCUAACAUCGGCGCCGCCCUCUUCGCCAUCGGCCUGAUCAUUACCUUCCAAUGCUGCCAGACCUACGUGAUCGACGCUUACACCAGAUAUGCAGCAAGCGCGACGGGGGUGACGGCGUUUGUGCGGACAAUGGCGGGCUUCAGUUUUCCGCUUUUUGCGGAUGGGCUGUAUCGUGCUCUGGGGUUGGGAUGGGGGAAUAGUUUGUUGGGGUUUAUUAGUCUGGGGAUGGGGGUUGUGGCGCCGGCGAUGUUGUGGUUUUGGGGGGAGUGGAUGAGGGAGAAGAGUCCUUAUUGUGCGGGGGAUGAGACCAGUCAUGUUUGA